CAUGUGUCAUGCAAUGCACUUGUUACAGUUAGCUACCCGCAUGCAGCCAUACGUCCCCCACAGGUAAGCGCUCGCGAGACCAUCGAGAUGUCGAACCGCCAACACCCCUUCCUGCUUCCACUUAAUUACGACAAAGAAUCGGAACUUUCCUCGCUUUCGUGUCCACUAGAACCGCUCUUUGCUAAAGAAGAGACAGGGCGCUUGGCAAUGCGGUUUUCUGACCCAAUGGCACGGUAGUAGCUGGAUUGACUGGCUGAUCUUGCUCAUCAUGUCAAGAUUUCAUGCUACAUAUGUAGCAAAACAAGGCGGAUCAACUUUUUCCCGAUACAAACUUUAUACGGGGUUACUCCGAGGAAACCACACUCUUGUUCAAUUGCUGUCUUGACUAUUACACAACGUACGCAAACACAUCCACGCCUACCUGAAAAACCAAUCAAUUGUACGAAUAUUGAAACACAAGCGUUGCAAGAUAGAAACAGCCAGCAUCAUACAAAAGUUUUCUACAUGCAUCUAUAUACCGUAAAAUCUGCCAUUUAAUGGCUGCACCACUGUUUUACAAAGUAGCUAUAUUGAGUAUAACUCAGGAAAAAGGAGAGCUCCUACUUCGCAGAUUCAGAGCAAUGGUGCAUUCACUGGGUGCCCAGAUCUUACGGUAUCCAGGAAGAUGGAAGGCAGACAGUGCUCGUGGAGAGGCUAAGUCUACUCCAGGCCACCUACCUUAAACGGGCAAUUCGUGUCUGAGUCCAUGUAUUGUUUAUUGAAUAUAGACUUGUUUGAUGUAGUGCGGAUAAAGGGUAGCUACAUGUCGAUAGUGAGACAUGCAUGAGUACAAGCAAAGUCGUGGGAGGAGAAAGGGAGCGGGUGGAUUAUCGGAACGACAGCUAUGAAAUCCAAUCCAACCAAGAAGGAACGAAGAUGAAUUGAUCUAGCCCGAAUUCUACUUUCCUGCUGAUAUAUCUCUCCACACUCUCGCUACGUCGGUCAACUCAUGAAACUAUGUUCAACAAUCCCAGCCACUAGACGUGUCAAUGAGCGCGCCCGUGCUAGCCAAAGACAUGUAGUUCAUGCCGUACAACUUCAUCACAUUACUCAAACGCACCUGACACACGCACGUUCUCCAAAUUCCCACCGUUCGUGUCGACUGUAUGCAGACACGCGUGAAACGUACGAUAUCUACGUAUGUACGUGGACUGGCAUAUGAUAAAUUAUACCGAGCUCUUACCCCUCUUUCGCCACCGCGGACAAGAUAGUGAUGGCGGGGUGUUUGUCGACGUUGUCUUUCCCAGAUCAGUCAUCGUGGAUUUUAUUUUGAGUUCGUUGAAUAAUCCAAGUUCUUGCUUUUAUUUCCAUCCUCCUCUUUUGUUUUUACAGUCUCUUGCGGCUUCCCCACCACGACCGGUCCAUUAGCUACCUAGGUAGCUUCCCCAAGGACACCCCACAACUCACCGUGCCCCCCUCUCUCUCCUUCACUUCCCCCGCAUACUCCCCAAAAAUCCACUACUAUCCCUCCUGAAAACCGUUCAGUUAAAUCAAUUGCGAGAAAAAAAGAAAAUCUUGGAAAAUGGAGACAGCGAAACAGCCCGACCCCUCAUGCGGGGUACAGUCACAGCAACAACCAGAACAGCAUAAGGGAAAGGAGCAGCUGCGAGUUUCCCCGCGCCUGACACUGCAAGCACCUCUUUCACGCCGCGGACACGGCCCAGGCGUUAUCCUUGUUGCGGAUCACUAUGCUGCGCUGAAGAAGAGCGAUGCCAGUCUUGAUCCGCCGCCGCUUGUCAAGUGGGCUGAGGAAGGGUUUGCAGUGGCUCUUCUGUUGGUUCCUGGCGGGGCUGAUGAUGGUGGUGAAUUUCCACUGCAAAGAGCAAUUGAUGGAUUAAAAGGCUUGGAGGGGUGCGAUCAUGAAGGAGGAUUUGGGUUGAUAUCAUACCUUUCACGAGUUCCUUACUACGUAACGGAAGGCGUCUGCGCAUGCCCUGACAUCAAAGCUAUUGUCUCAUUUGGUGGACGAAACUUUGCCUCCUUCUCACCCUCUUCCUCGGACAUAGCUCCACAACUCAUCCACAUAGCCGGUCCCGAGACUCCCCGUAGAGAAUCCAUGUCAGUCGUGCAAAACCCAUUAACCUCAGACCUAACAUCUCCACCCGCAACAACAACCUCAUCAUCAUCAUCAACAACAGCAAAACACACCCCUCCAAAAACCUACCGCUAUCUCAACGCCAAAAGUGAUUCCUCCUGGAUCCUCCCCAACGAUCCAUCCUACCACUCCCAAUCCGCAGGACUAGCCCACACACGCACCCUCCAAUUCCUCAAACCCCUCCUGAACGGACCCUACUUCGACCUCGAAGCCAUCUGGGACGAGCACUGUCAGUACGAAUUCGGCGAACGCGACGUGGCCAAGACAAUGGCAACAAUGGUCUCAGAGCCCUACGUAAACCACAUCCCCACCAUGACGGGCGGGAUCGGGAAAGAAGCCCUCACAGCCUUCUACACCAACCACUUCAUCUUUGAGAACCCCCCAGAUACAGCCCUGGAUCUUGUUAGUCGCACCGUGGGGAUUGAUCGUGUCGUCGAUGAGUUUGUGUUUAAGCUCACGCAUGAUCGCCAGGUCGAUUGGCUGCUUCCGGGCGUGCCGGCCACGGGCAAGUAUUUGGAGAUUCCGUUUACGAGUGUAGUGGGGAUUAGGGGGGAUCGGUUGUGUCAUGAGCAUAUUUCCUGGGAUCAGGCGACUGCGUUGAGGCAGGCGGGGUUGUUGCCUGAGUGGGUUGGGUUCGAGGCGGAUUCUGUGGAGGGGAGGACGAGGGGUGAGGGGAAGAGAUUUGAAGUCAAGUUGCCGGUUGCCGGGGUUGAGACGGUGAGGAAGUUGGUGGAUGAGGGGGCUGUGGAGAGUAACGGGUUGAUGGGGAAGGGAUGGAGGGAGGUUGACGAUGUGUAG